UGCGCUUGCGCCGGCGACUGGGCUCGCGGGGGCUGCGGGGGGCGCGAGCGCCGGGGCCGCGCAGAGGCGCGCGCCACCUAAGCGGACGCGCCUCUCCGGUUACGCAGGCGUGCGGCAGCCGGGACUCUCAAGUGGGAACCGAAGGUGCUCGAGCGAGGAACACCUACCUAGAGCAUGAAGAGGCAAGGCGUCUCCUGCGAGCGGAAACUGGCGUGGAUACAGUCCGGGAAGGCUGGAGCAGCAAAUGGAUUUCUCAUGGAAGUAUGUGUUGAUUCAGUUGAGUCAGCUGUGAAUGCAGAAAGAGGAGGUGCUGGUCGAAUUGAAUUGUGUUCUGGUUUAUUAGAGGGAGGCACCACACCCAGUAUGGGUGUCCUUCAAGUAGUGAAACAGAGUGUCCAGAUUCCAGUUUUUGUGAUGAUUCGGCCACGUGGAGGUGACUUUUUAUAUUCAGAUCGUGAAAUUGAGGUGAUGAAGACCGACAUACGGCUUGCCAAGCUUUAUGGUGCUGAUGGUUUGGUGUUUGGGGCGUUGACUGAAGAUGGACACAUUGACAAAGAGCUGUGCAUGUCCCUUGUGGCUAUUUGCCGUCCUCUGCCAGUCACUUUCCACCGAGGGAAAGGAUUACUGGCAGACAUGCAACCAAGAAAAGGAUCUUUCCCACCAUCAUUGCAACAGCCCAAUGUUCAGUCACCUUGCCCAUCCACUUCUAGAAACAUAUCAUCAGUUUUAUUUAUUUCAGCCUUUGACAUGGUUCAUGAUCCAGUGGCAGCGCUAGAGACCCUCUUAACCUUGGGGUUUGAACGAGUAUUGACCAGUGGAUGUGAUAGUUCGGCACUAGAAGGGCUACCUCUGAUAAAGCGACUGAUAGAUCAGGCAAAAGGCAGGAUUGUGGUAAUGCCAGGAGGUGGCAUAACAGACAGAAAUCUGCAAAGGAUCCUUGAAGGUUCAGGUGCUACAGAAUUUCACUGUUCUGCUCGGUCUUCUAGAGACUCGGGAAUGAAAUUUCGAAAUUCCUCUGUUGCUAUGGGAGCCUCGCUUGCUAAUUCAGAAUAUUCUCUAAAGGUAACAGAUGUGGCCAAAGUAAGGACUUUGAAUGCUAUUGCAAAGAAUAUCCUGGUUUAGUCAGACCUCUCUGAGAGACAAGGAUACCAGAGUAUGAAGGUAGAAGUAUAAUCAGCAAUUCUCUGUGACACAGCUUUAACCUUCUUCUCUGUUCAGGACAAUCUUAAGUUUUAUAUGGUCAUGAAGUAUAUUUCUAAGAAGAAAACAGAAAUUGGAACAUAUACAUCACUUCCUUUUCUUAGUCUUGCCAGCCAUUGUUGUCUCCAUGAUUAAGUGUAUUAUGCUUCUUCCACAGAGAGGAUUAGUCAGUUUUCAGUGGAAUUAAUUGAUGAAUGGGGAAAAUUCAACUGCAAGGUAUGAAUUCAGACUGUGACUUCAGGAUCAAUAGCAGUUAUUUUACCUUUUCAUUUGUAAAAUAAAGAUCCUCAUUCUAUUGUGGUAUAGUUUCUUAUUCUUAUUCUGAGUACAUUCUGUAGCAAAGUCUGAAAAAGGAGAUUAUGUUUGAUUUUGGGUUUUUUUUUUUUUAGU